AUGCCCUUUGGUCUCAAGAAUGCCGGUGCGACAAGUUUAUUUUAUACUAUAUUGUUUCAAGGCUGCGUGGAGUAUGUUGGGGUCGCUAAGAAAGGGGCUUUAAUUCUGGAUGUUUCUACGUGGUGGAACUCCACAUAUCGCAUGCUGUCUAGGGCUUUUCACUACAAAGAAGCAUUCAAGAAUCUUGCAGAGAUCGAGACAAGUUACCAGAGCUUACCUACAGAUUUGGAGUGGUUAAGAGCUAAACUCAUUUCUGGUUUGUUACAGCCGUUUGAUCAGAUGACAAACCUUAUUUCCGGCUCUUCUUACCCUACAGCGAAUCUGUACUUCAUGGAAGUAUGGAAAAUUCAAACUUGGUUGACAGCAAACGAGUUCCAUGAAGAUGGAUUGAUCGCUGAUAUGGUGGCUUCCAUGAGGUUAAAGUUUGUUAAGUACUGGGAAGAUUAUAGCGACAUUCUGGCAAUUGCAGCAGUGUUAGAUCCUAGGAUGAAGUUCAAGGUCUUGGAGUACUGCUACCACUCUCUAGAUCCAGGAACUUGUAAGUGCAAAAUUGAUUACAUACGCAAAAAGUUGGUGAAGCUGUAUGGAGUUUACAAGAAGAAUAGUACUAGUGCACAUUGUUCACAAGAAGCAGAUGCAGAUGCUCCACCAGCUGGCUAUGGUGGCUUCUAUGCAUUCUUUUCUCAACAAGCAGGAGCAGAGAAAUCUGCUCUUGAUAUAUAUUUGAGUGAACCUGUUCUUGACAUGGUGGCAAAUAUGAAGUUAAAUGUCAUCGAGUAUUGGAGGGACAACGCAAACCGUUUUAAGGAGCUGUCUCUAAUGGCCUGCGAUAUCCUGUGCAUACCUAUAAAAACAGUGUCGUCUGAGUCGUCCUUUAGUGCCGGAAGUAAAGUUCUCAGCAAGUACAGGAGCAGGCUUCUCCCAUCAAAUGUUCAAGCACUUAUCUGUACUAGGAACUGGCUUAGAGUUUUUGAAGUGAUACGUGGGGUCGAUUUGGAUGAGGAAGAUGAAGAUGCCUUGGAUAAGGAAGCAGAAGAAGGUGUAAACAAGAGGAUCCGACUCAACUAA